AUGGCAGUCGUUGUUGAACAAACAAUUCCUUUCGCGAAGGAACAGCUCGAUGCUGAGAACACUACGAGGUGGAACUCACUAUAUCCUCUAAUCCGGCCUUCCAUCAAAGCAAUCAAGACUACAUCAGGUCAGACGGUGUUAGUGGACCAAACACUUGCCAAUGACAAAUUCGUCAGAGUUGUUGUGGUCGGAAAGGCUGGCAACUUCUCAAACAAGCUGCUCUCGGACAAGCACAUCACUGCUGUCGUUACCAGUAGCGAUAAUGGUAAUACACUCUCAGGCAGGGAGCUUGCCAAGGCAAUCGAUGAGGCUGGGCACCAGCAGCAAGCCGGUGUAGUCAUUCUCAAAUCGGGAAAGCAAAAGAAGUUGACAAGAGUCGAGAACCAGUUGGUAGAGGUUGGACUUGAGAGUGACUUGGAAGUAGAUCACUUGAUCCACCUUCUAGGUGCUUCCACAGAGUCUGCAAGAUCAUCCCUUGAUAGAACUGUCGAGAUCUUGAACGCCUACCUCGAAAACUCGACCACCGUGACAUCAACAUUUUCGACCGGAAAAAAGGAUGGUCGACCAGCCACAACGCUCGCCGAAGAAGACUCUCGUGGAUAUGAAGAAGCAAGACAUGCCAUCACAAAAGCACUCGAACAAGUCUUACAACCACAUCUCGAGCAGAAAAACGGCGUCACUCACUCAGUACAUUACUCAGAUGUCAACGGUCUGUCGCGCUUGGAGAACUACAUCCUUGGGUUGGAAAUUGCCACCUACCUCAGAGAAGCAGGUUUGUCGUACCGUUUGUCAACUUCAACGCUCUUGCAACAUGCAGAUCUUGCAAGAGGGUUCUCGAUAUCCGCCUGUCCAGUGUCCGAGCAACACCUCGAGGCUCAAUCUGAGCCGACGAACCCACUUGCUGAUGAAGCCACCGAAGGCAGCAGCCUGACCAAGGUCGACUCGCGGUUCAUGAAGUUCAACGACCACGCAGUCCGCAGCCGCAUCGAGGAUGGCUGUGAAGCAGUAAUCAAAGAAGAGGCAACCAUCACUCGUUAUGAUGAGAUUGUUGGCGACGGCGAUUGCGGCUACACUCUUCGCGAUGGUGCAAAACAAGUUCUUAAGUUCAUCGCAAACAAGGAUCUCUCCGAGCUGCCUCAGACACUGAGCGAGCUUGUGCGUGACCUCGAAGUCAAUAUGGGAGGCACAUCCGGAGCUCUGUACUGUAUCUUUUUGACCUCGCUGUCUUCCGCGCUGGCUUUGACGAAUACAGUAGCAGAGGCAUUGUCAGUUGCUCUUGACCAGUUGCUCAACUACACGCGAGCAAGACUCGGCGACAGAACCAUGUUGGACUGUCUGAUCCCGUUCGUGGAAGUACUAAAGUCGACUGGAAAUAUCGAGAGAGCUCUUGCGGAAGCAGAGAAAGGAGUGGAGAGUACAAAGAAUCUCGAGGCCAAGCUUGGAAGGAGUACGUAUCUCGACGAGAGUGCGACCAGAGGCGUGCCAGAUCCUGGUGCUUACGGCCUGCUUGUGUUGUUGAAGGGUAUGAGCGUGAGCGAGCAGUAG